AUUAUCACUAGAAUUUAUUCAUUAAAACGUUGGCCGAUGUUAAAGUCCGUGAUGGAUCUUCACAAGGGACUUAAUAUUGACCAAUAUAAAUGGCUCAAACAAUUUUUGAAAAACAAAUCAAAAGGAUUUGAACCGAAAAAAUCUAAAAUUUUUUCUCUUGGUGAAGUAAAAAAAUUUAUUGAGACAGCUCCAGAUAAUAUUUACUUAGCAAUGAAGGUAAUCGCUAUCUUCGGGGUAUCUGGUGUAUUACGAACAGUCGAACUUUGUAAUUUAGAAACUACUGAUAUUGAAGAUACUGGUUCAAAAUUCGUAGUAACAAUAGCGGAUACGAAAAAUUACUACCCUCGAUCUUUUGUCAUCGGCGAUGAAUUUUACAAAAAAGUUCAAGGAUACAUGGCUAUAAGACCAAAUGAUACUACGACGGAUAGAUUUUUUCUAUUUUAUCACCACGGCAAAUGUACAAAACAGGUGAUCGGAAAAAACAAAUUCAGUGAAGUCCCAAAAACGAUGGCGAUCUUUUUGCAGUUGGAAAACCCUGAGCGUUACACUGGGCAUAGCUUUCGGCGGACGUCAGUCACUUUGUUGGCGAAUUCGGGAGCAACUCUUACGAUGAUAAAAAAUCACGGAUGCUGGAGAUCAAGUUCGGUAGCUGAAGGUUACAUAGAAAACUCGCUGGGAAAUAAAAUGCGAAUUUUUGAAAGAAUUGUAGAUGCUGAAAAACCAUCAACAUCGACGGGUAUUUAUAACACCGACAUUUCGGCUCAGACUCCACCUUCAAAAUUUAAAGAACUACCAGAAACUUUAGAAAAUUCUCAUCUAAAUCAAAAAUCAGUUACUGUUAUUCCUUUAGACUCUAUAAAUGUUGUAGAUUUGUCACCUAUUGUACUUGACGAUGAGACUCAGAAUGACUUACAUCCAGCCAGAAGUCCUGAGCGAGAUACUCAACCAACUAUUGUUGAACUUCCAUAUGAUUGUCCUUUAACUUCAGCUCAAGAUCGCAACAAAACAAUUGUAAUAGAGUCAAUUGAAAAUAUUGAUUCAGUAUUUGUUGAAAAAACUUCACCUCGUUCGGCUCAAGACCCUAUUUUUAAAGUACGACCGACAGCGAAAAAAUCAGAUGCUAAAAUGUCAAACACAACAUCUGCAAAAUCAAAUGAAGUACCUAAAACAUCAUCUUAUCACAGCAAGACUGCAGGCAAUUUUUCUUCAAGUUCAUUGCCAUAUCCGAAACGCCUGAAAGAAGAUAUUCCAUUAGAACACGCCACAAAUGAAAAUCAACUUCAUAAUUCUAUACCAACACUUUCAACACCAAAUUUAAAAUUUGAUAAGUGCAAAAUUGAUAAUAUUAUAAUUAACAAUUACUAUUAUAAAAUUGAUGAAAAGAACAUCGAGAGACGACCUGGUGCACGUCAUACAGCCCGUCUACGAGAACAACCUCCAAGCAUUGGUCGAAAGGUCAUUUGUGGGCCUAAAAAUUCUCCUUUUCUAUUAAAGGAGGCUUGGAAAUACCCUGAGACGACUUGGUGCAAGUCACGCCGACUGCUCGUCUGCAAGAAGAACCCCUCUACAUUCGCUAAAAGUUAA